UCAGUCCAUAGAAAAACUUGUUGAGUGUAGGAAUUAUUUGCUUACGUGUAUUUACCUGUUUAUAAAUAGUGAUAUUCAUUUAUUUUUUUAAAUGUUGAGUUGGACGUGAAAUUGUUGCGAUUUCAGUGUAGCUAAUGUAGGGCGCUAUAUUGUGAAGAAUUGGAUGGGGAAUUUCACUGAAUGUAGCCGCAACCAAAGAAAUUAGUAAUAGAGUGCUUGUACAGCCAUGGCUUUUGCGGGACUUAAGAAACAGAUCAACAAAGCCAAUCAGUAUGUCACAGAGAAAAUGGGAGGUGCCGAAGGCACAAAACUGGACUUGGAUUUCGUGGAAAUGGAAAGAAAAACAGACGUAACAUGCGAGCUAGUAGAAGAGCUACAGACGAAAACGAAAGAAUUCCUCCAGCCGAACCCCACGGCGCGAGCGAAGAUGGCAGCUGUGAAAGGCAUCAGCAAACUUAGCGGCCAAGCUAAGAGCAACACCUACCCGCAACCAGAGGGUGUGCUCGGCGACUGCAUGCUGCUCUACGGGAAGAAACUGGGAGAAGAUACUGUUUUCUCACAAUGCCUUAUAGAGAUGGGCGAGGCGCUAAAGCAAAUGGCAGACGUGAAAUAUUCCCUCGACGAUAAUAUCAAGCAGAGCUUCCUCGAGCCUCUACAUCAUUUACAGACCAAAGAUCUCAAAGAAGUUAUGCAUCACCGGAAGAAACUGCAAGGCCGUCGGCUUGACUUCGACUGCAAACGCCGCAGACAGGCUAAAGGAUCAGGUAGGGUCAGCCCUUAUAUGAGUCCCGGUGGCGGAAUGCCAAGGCAGGACGAGGAGAUUCGACAGGCCGAGGAGAAGUUCGCAGAGUCGCUGCAACUUGCUCAAAUUGGCAUGUUCAAUUUACUUGAUAAUGAUGUGGAGCAAGUGGCGCAGCUUAGUUUCUUUGCGGAGGGCCUUCUGGAGUACCACCAACAGUGCACGGAGAUACUAAAAGGGCUCGUGUCCACUCUCAUGGAAAAGAAAGAGGAAGCGGUUAACCGUCCGAAGAUGGAGUUCGUGCCGAAGACGCUGGCCGACCUUCACAUCGAGGGCGUGCACGAUCUAAAUAAUGGUAGGCGGUACGGUUCCACGCAGAGUCUGUCCCGGCCCCGCAACCACAUCCCACCCUCCUCCUCCGUCGGCGACCUCAGCGUCGACCCCCUCCGGGCCUGGGACCUGCCCCGUCCCGAGCCCAGGCCCGAGCAAAGGUCAAUGUCCAGACCCGCCCUAGGAUUCAGACCUCAUCCGGCGCCCCGGCAAUACAACGGCAAAGAUCCGUGGACAGCAUCGCCGCUACCGUCGCCGGUUAAGUCUCCCGCACGGACGCCCAUGGCACCAGCUAAGGGCCCCUGCUGCACGGCACUCUACGACUUCGAACCAGAAAACCCUGGAGAGCUGGGAUUCAAGGAAAACGACGUGAUCACGUUGAUAAGCAAAGUGGACGAGAACUGGUUCGAGGGCUCUGUCAACGGCAAGACGGGCUACUUCCCCAUCAGCUACGUACAAGUCACCGUGCCGUUGCCAAACAUGUAAACACACACAAAGACACACCAAAUAUUCAUUCCACUAUUGUCAAUGACUACCGCUUGAGAUUUCACUGCGCAAUUUGUGUUUUGCCUAUCUCAAAAAUCACUAUGUAGUUCAUAUACGGAGUUCUAUUUUAAA